AUGGCGAACGUUAAUUUGCAGAUGCCGCUCAUUGCAGCCGCCACCACCAUAUUGACAAUAGUGAGUGGGGCCAGCUCCUCCUCCAGCGUCGCGGAGAUGGCCAGGAAGCACCACCCAUCCUAUCACAAUAUGGGGUCUUUGUUCGACAAUCGAUGGCUGCCCAUGGAUCAAACGAUGCAGCAGCCCCAUCCCAAUCACCGUUAUGGUUCGGCCAAAAUUCCAGGAGGCGAUGCGGGCGACAGGCGAGCCUUUGGCAGCAGUGGCAGCCAUUCCUCAGGCCCCCGGCAAGGAUUCGCCUCGCUGCUGAACGGGCUGACAAAUCUCUCGGGCCUGGGGCACAUUACCAAUGGCUACGGCUCGGUGGCGCCCACCCACACGGAGGCUUUGGCCCUGGGCUCCACCAAACAGGAGAUACCCAUUUACGAGGAGCACAAUGAAGAUGCCGCCGCGGUGGCCGCCGUGGCAGCAGCUGGAGCCCAUGACUUUGGCUCGGGACAUGGCCAAUCUGGCGGUGGAUUGGAGAACAAUCAACAGCACUACAAUUAUCCCGGUGACGGUGGCUAUGGGUCAGCGGGAUCUGGUGCGGAGCAGGGUUACGACUCCUGGUCGCCUGAGGAGCAACCGGAACAGCAGGCGCCCCAUCCGUAUGCGUACGAUAAAAUCUCAAUGGGGAAUUUCCUGCCGCAGUACGAGUCGAGUUCUGGAUAUGAUGACCACCAGGGUCGGCUUUACCACCAGCAGCAGCAACUGCAACAGCAGCACCAGCAACAGCAGCAGCAACUCUACCACCAGCAGCAGCAGCAACAGGAGCAGGAGCAACGCUCCUCGUACUUCGGACAACAUGAUCCAUCCGCAUCUGGAUCUGGUUCCGCAUCCGGUGUGGCAUCGGCUUCAUCCGCCUCGGGCGGAUCUGGUGCCGAUGACUACGAGGAGCAUUCCGAUGCUGGCCAGGAGCAGAGCUCCAACUACUUGUCGGAGGCAAGUGGUCAUGGCCAGGGCCACACCCAUCACUCGCAUCACGUGGAUAUCAUCAACUAUGUGCCGGUGAAGCAUGUGAAGAAACAGCAUGUGCCGGUGGAGAAAGAGGUGAAGAUACCCGUUUCGCAUGCGGUCAUCAUACCAGUUCGCAAGCCAGUUCCCAUCCACAUACCGAUCACGAAGAAUGUCCAGGUGCCGGUGGAGAAGGAACUCAAGAUUCCGGUGGAGCGGUUGAUCCCCGUGCCCGUGGAGAAACACAUCCCGGUGCCGGUGGAGAAACAUGUGCCCUAUCAUGUGGUCAAAUAUGUGCCCAUCAAGGUGCCCAAGCCCUUUCCCGUCAAGGUGCCCGUUUUUAAGACCGUGCUGCACAAGGUCAAGAGCUGGUGGUAG